ACUCACCCCACAAACAUUUCACUUCUUUCUCCCUCAAUUUAUCCGCUCUAGUCUCGUUCUAAGUAUGCUCUGUGGUUGCGGCUAAGUCCGAUCUUCCACAUCAGAAAGAAUUACUAGAGUUUGACCCUAAAGCCCCCGUCCCGCUAAGUUCUCGUCCCUUACAAAUCUAAACCCGUCGAACCUCUGUCCGGCUUCCGCCAAUAAUGGACGAAGAGGCUCUUCGUGUAGGUUUUUGGUUUGUGAUUUUUUUUAAUCGAAACAAUUUGAUUUUUCUUUUAUCAAAACAAUCUCUGAUUUCAUUACUUUUUUAUAGAUGGGUGCCGAGAUAUACGAUCCUCGAUUGUAUAUCCAUUAUGGCCCAAGGGAUGCGAGUCUCUUAACCGAUCAAGAAAUGCAUCGCUCCCGUGCCAUUUGGGAUAACAAUCCGGAAUCUCUUGUUCCCGUGGUUCAUAAAGGGACCAAUAACUUGCCCGCUUGGCAUCCAAGGUUGGAGCCCUAUAUAGCGAGGACCGGUUUGGGAAUGUUGCGCCAUUUCUUGCGGAUCGAGAUCGACAACGAGCUGCUUACGGCAAUGACAGAACGAUGGCGUCCCGAAACCCAUACAUUCCACCUUCCGGAGGGGGAAAUGACGAUCACCCUCAAAGACGUGGCGAUCCUCACCGGGCUUUCUAUAUCUGGAGAUGCCAUCAUUGGUUCCACGACCAAACCCGGAGGAGGUUGGGGGCCGCUCAUCCGUGAUCGUUUGGGCUUCGACAUGCCGACCACCACACCAAAUCAAGGACGGGGGCAUCCACCGUUGAAUGCGGGGCAAGUGUCGGUCCCGUGGCUGGUAUCUCACAUCCAGCAAGAGGUGGAAAUCAAUGACGAGACACCGGAAGAACAAGUCGAGCGCUACGCCCGCAUCUACCUCAUCGAGAAGAGUUGGGGAUCGGCCGUGCUAGCGGGCGUAUACCGGGAGCUGUGUACUUGCUCGAAGGUUGGGGCAAAGCAAGCUGGUGCUGCGAUGUUCAUCGUUCAACUGUGGGUAUGGGAGCAUCUUCCAAUGUUCGCACCUCUCGACCCACGUCCAUACCAGAGAAACGAUGAUGAGCUCAACCUUCUGCAAAAUCUCCCCUACGGUGUCAAGUGGAUAGGAGCAAAUACGAAUGACCAUCAGCCUGAGCAUUCGUUACUGUUUUAUCGUUCUGAGUUAGAUAAACCAUGGUGGAAUCAGGUUAUAUGGGAUCCAUAUCCACGUGAAGUGGUUGAGCUGCAUCAUCUUAGGCACCCUCUGGAUCACGAGACGUGGUUGUGCAAGGUGCCAUUGAUCUGUUGGCACAUUGUGGAAUGGCACCUACCCGAUCGAUCCCUGAGGCAAUAUCGAAUGGAGCAACCAAUUCCACAAGACUCGCCAGCAGGUUUCAGGGAGCUACAUGCUAUGGACCUCCGAAACAAUGCAAACUGGACGCUAAAGCAUGGAUUCUACAUCAACAUCUGGGAGAAUCGAUCCCAAUGGGUGGUGCAAGGGAUGCCGGAGACAAGACCGAUGGGUUACCACGAUGGGUACAUGCAGUGGUAUCGGAAGUUCACCCUGAGAUGGGUGUCAAAGCAAGGUGCUGUGAUGGGUUCGGUGGUUGAUGGUUUGGAACACGCGAAGUACACUCUCGAAAGUGCUCCAACCAUGGAUGAGCGGAAGACUACUUGGUUGACCCGACUUAUGAAUAACCUCCUGAGUUGCACCAGAGAGCAAAGGAGGGAUGUCGUGGCCUAUCCUCCCGUUCCUGCCCCGGCACGACCCUCAUUCCGUGAUGAUGCAGCCAUUGUGCCCCCGGUUGAGCCCCCACGAAGGAGCAAACGCAGGCCUCUGCCUACGUUCGAUGAGGUGCGUACAACUCAAGAAACCGAGAUCCCUGAACCGUUCGAGUACCAGUGGGCACCUACAGCGGAAGCCGGUGGAGGGUCAUCGAGUCGUGGAGCAUCUCAGGAGUGGGACACUUUCUCUCAUGGGUUCUCUCAAUUCCAACAUCAGCAACAGAGUUCGAUGUAUCAGACCCCGCAACAACAAACUCCGCAACCUCCGAUCAUUCGCCAAGCUACCGCUCCAUCUCAGCCACCACCACCGCCAUAUGUAACCCGAGUUGGGGCUCGGGUCAAGAGAAAUCCGCGACCAGCCGUUGAGCGAGCCCGCCAAGAAGCAGCGCCGGAGGGGGGAAGAAGGGGUCGAGGACGUCGUGGAGGACGAGGAGGAAGAGGUGGAGAUGGGGGCCAAAAUGAAGCAAAUGAGUGAAUUUAUCGUUUUAUCUUGCAGUAGUGAUCUAUCCAUGUUGUUUUGGUGCUUUUUAGGUGUUGUUAUUUGGGUUUGCAUUGUCUAAAAACUAUCCUACGCACUUAAGUUGUCGAAUGAAUUUUCUGGAUCAUU